CGGUCACACAUCCAUAGGUAGCAAGCAGGGCGAGCUGAAAAUAACGGAGAAGCCUUACAAUGGCUACAACUACCCUUCAGACAUUUAACGUGUUCCUGACGGAAAGACUAACCGCAGCUGCGGUGGACAUCUACGGAUUCGUUGAGAAGACCCUGAUAGAGUACCAGGAGGAGGUGUACCGAGCCAAGCUGGAGAACCAGAGGCUGCAGCGGCUGCUGGACCUCGUCUACAAACCAGAGAUAAGACUGCACAGGGCAGAUGCCAAACAACAGCCAACUGAGGACAUUCCACCUAAACAGCAAGAGUGGAGCUCAAGUGUGUGGCAGGAUGAGCCGGGACCCUCCGAGGUUAAAGAGGAGCAGAGGGAGGAACUGUGGCUCAAUGGAGGCGAGGAGCAACCAACGAUGGAAGACAGCGAUGACGGAGAUGCCUUGACAAAAGAACUCAUCAAAACAGUGCAGCAGUUAGAGGACUGCAGAGCAGCAGAGGAGAGCAGAGAGUCGAGGCAAACAUCUGCAGAUGAACCAAACCUUCUGGAAGAGAAGACUAGCACCACCCUGUACCGCUGCCACAUAUGCAACUACAUUUUCACCAAAAAGACUGUGCUAACGUGGCACCUCAAGACACAUGAAAGCAAGCCACAGGAGAGCAAGAGCAACUUUGACUGCCACAUCUGCGGCAAGCACAUCCCCUGCCAGAGCAACCUGCAGAAUCAUAUGAGAGUGCACACAGGAGAGAGACCCUACAGCUGCCAUUACUGCGGCAAGUGUUUUAAGCUGAAAGGACACAUGACAGAACACAUAAGGACUCACACAGGGGAGAAACCUUUCAGCUGCCACAUCUGUGACAAAUCCUUCAACAGGGGUUCCACUCUGAGGAAGCACGUUCUAGCCAAACAUAAAGAGGAGAGGCCGUACAAAUGUGGGGACUGCGAUGAGCUGUUUACAGAGCGGCUGCUGAUGAAGAGGCAUAUGAGAAAGGUUCACGGCGUUAACCUGUCCACGAGUCAGAGUCCCACCUGAGAGGCGUUAGAGCUGAUGGCGCAUGUAGUUGAAAAUCUGAGUACAGAACUGAGCUUGUCUUUUGAAAUUUUCAACAUGUACACAACAAAAUCAGCAAAGUUUACAUUCAGCCAGACUGCCAUAAAUGGGACUGAAUCCAAACACUCAUGCCAACUGCCAAAUGUUGUCCAGAGAUUGCCAUAAGAUAGUAAAUAUACUGAAAUUGGCUUUAAAUUUGAAAUCGUGGGUUGUAUACUUAUAUGCAGGUUGGAUGGAAAAUGAAUUCUCAUGUGUCUGCAGUAAUUAUUGGACUGGAGUCAAGAGACCAUUAGUUUGAAUACAAAUUAUGCACCAGUGUAGGGUGUGACAGUGGAUCCAAAGACUUCAUUCCGAUACUUAAUGGCAGCCGGGGCGAUGUUGGUUAACCCGUAGAGGUCUCUGUGUCCAUCCAUGGAUAUGUUUCUCCAGACCCUUUCACAUCUGUCACAUGUGCUCAGGGUGAACCUGCUCUCAUAUGGGAAAAGCAAAUGGUCCCAGUGGUGUACCUGCCUGUUCUGGUAUUCUAUAGAAAAUUCCAGUCACACUCCACAGCGUCGGGCAGUGAGUACAGGGCUCACUAGAGGCCCUCAUGAAGUCUGUUGAUGAUUAUUUGGUCAGAGACAUUCACAUGCUGGAGUCCAUUUUGUGGCUCUGACAGUGCUCACAUACCGGUUCCA